UGACCGGACAACCAUGGUGGCUGGUUGCAACAAUGAAAUCAAACAAUAUCUGAGCUCAAGAUAUAUUGGACCGCUGGAAGCUGCAUGGCGUAUUUUGGGAAAUAGGAUGAACGAAGAGGUCCCAAGUGUCAAGAAACUGGCGGUACACCUACUGGGGCAGCAACGAGUUGUUUAUGAUCCAGACGAUCCAAUUCAAGUAAUACAAGAAACGGCGGAAACAACAGUAACCACCUUGAUGGCUUAUUUUGAAUACAACGCAUUGCAUCCAGAAGGUACUCCAUAUACAUACCAAGAUUUUCCUCCACAUUUUGUUUGGAAGGAUAAGAGAUGGUUUCCACGGAAGAAAGGGAAUGCAAUUGGCCGAAUGUAUUUCGUCGCACCAAACUGUGGAGAACUUUACUACCUAAGGUUGUUACCCACGAUCGUAAAGGGUGCAAGAUCAUUUGAACACUUGAGGACUACAGUGAAAGAAGGUGUUGAAUACGUCCACCUAACUUUUAAAUCGGCUUGCAUCGAACUCGGUCUAUUGGAAGAUGAUGGAGAAUGGGAAAAAUUCUUGGAGGAGUCGGCGACAAUCAAAACUGGACACCAGCUACGACAAACAUUUGGUAUUAUACUGACACAAUGUAGCCCAACCCAACCAGAAAUCCUGUGGAUGAAAUAUGGCAGAGACAUAUGCGACGACCUACCAUACAAGAUAAAAGUGUUGUACGGAAUCCAAAAUCCUACAGAGGACCAGGUUCUUGAUUACGGACUUCAUCUGUUAGAAAAAAAUCAUUCAAGAAGUAGGUAAGGAAAUGAAGGACUUUGAUAUAAUGCCAAAGCCAACCGGUGUCUGGAGCCAGAUUGUUGGGAAUCGCCUAUGGGAGCAGCGACAACUGCAGUUUGAGAUUCAAGAUUCAGUUAUAACUUCAAACUUUGAGAAACUAAAUACUAACAGAAAUUUGCUUUUGAGUCAAUAACAAAUUCAGUGGAACAGGAAAGACAUUCGUGUACAACACAAUUGUGGCUACCUGUAGAAGGAGGGGUGACAUAGUUCUAACAGUAGCCUCAUGUGGUGUAGCCUCAUUACUUUUAACUGGUGGAAUGACGGCGCAUUCUACCUUCAAAAUUCCUCUAAAUCCACAAGAAGAUUCUAAAUGUGACGUGAAGUAUGAGUUGAUGGAAGGGGAAUUAUUUCGGAAUACCAAGUUGAUUAUUUGGGACGAGGUAGCAAUGCAACACCGAUUUUGUAUAGAAGCAGUCGAUAGAACUCUUAGAGAUGUGAGGAAAAAUACCAAAGCAUUUGGAGGGAUAACCGUUGUGCUUGGAGGAGAUUUUAAGCAAACUUUACCGGUGGUACAGAAGGGUCGAAGAGAAGAUAUUGUUGGAUCAUCAAUUAGAGGCUCUGUUUUGUGUAACAACGUAAACGUCCUUAGGUUAAUGCAAAACAUGAGACUAGAAAGCGGGGACCCAGAAAAUAUAGCGUUUGCGGAAUACUUGCUACAGGUGGGGGAGAAUCCAAACCCAAUUAUUAGCUUGCCUUCUUCAAUGCCAAAAUGUACUGAUCUACAAGAGCUGAUAUCAAAGAUAUACCCUGGGAUUGAAGAAAUGAGCAAACCCACACCAAAAUAUAUUACAGAGAGAACAAUAUUGUCGCCUAGAAACGACGAAGUUUCUAAAAUACAUGAAAUCAUAUUGGAUAUGUGUAAGGGUGAAUCUCAUACAUUCCUCGCAGCAGAAAGCCAGAAGAGAUUGAAGGAAAGGGACCAUCAACAAGUUCAGACUGUGCGAGUGAAAAUUUGA